UUGUCCUCUCGGUGUUGUCCUCGUGUGGUUUUCCUCGGGAGGGUUCUAUUCGGGGGUUUGUCCUUGGGGGUAUUGUCUUCUGGGAGUUGUCCUCGCGUGGUCGUCCUUGGGGGUUGUCCACGGGGUUUUCCUCAGGGGUUGUCAUCGAAGGGGUUGCCCUCGAGGGGAAUGUCCUCGAGAGGGUUUCCUCGGAGGGUCGUCCUCGAGGGUUUUUUCCUCGGGAGGUUUGUCCUCGGGGGGUUGUUGUCGAAGAGGUCGUCCUCGGGGAGUUGUCAUCGAGGGGAGUAGUAGCUUUUUUUCCCCAUGACUACUGUCAUCAUUUUCAUUGUUAUUAUAUUAUCAUCAUCACUGUUGUUGAUAUUUUUGCUCAUGUUCAUUUAUUAGUAAUAAUGGUAGUAGUAGUGUCGUAGAUGCCGCCGUAGUAGAAGGUGUAGCAGUAUCAUCAUCAACAGCAGUAAUACUAGCAUUAGAAACUGCCCGAAUAUAAGUAUUCCCUUCUUUUCCAAAAGUGCGUGCCACUCUCUCUCUCUCUCGUUAUAUCAGUGCACGUACAAUCUCUUCCAUCGCGGGUAAUAUGUAUCAGGCAACACUUGGCAGCGCGGACACUCCCAUCGGUCAACGGGGAGGGCCAAGGGGUGGUGUGAGAUAAACACUUCCUGUGAGUUGCUCUCUGAGGUGCCACUCGUUGUUUUGUUCGCUUGCAAGUAAAGGGACGAAUAUUAUAAUUAUCCUGUCAGCCUGACCCUCGUGCCGGGACCUUGAUUACGGGAACUGUCGUCCGCCAGCCCGAAGCCAGCCUCUAACAAUGGCCUUCGAGCAAAGUGACUGUUUCCGCUUGAAAUUGUUGCGCAUCCUGGAGACGGCCGGCGAGGCUGUGUUGAGGUACACCCUUCUGUGUGGGACUAACGGCAAGCCCGACGAUGUCCCCCUCGACGAGUACCUGAAGAGCCUUCCUUAUAGCUCGACGGCCAACUUCAACAAGAUGAUUCUAAAAUACCUAAAGCAACACCCUGCCAGCUCCUACGACUUGGACAAGGUGUUGAAAAAACAGUUCAACAAGACAGAUCAGAGUCAGAUCAAAAGUGACCCGUCCUGCGGUGCUUUUGACAUUACCCUUCUAUACAAAGCCAUCAAAGUGGCGUGUGAGAACAUUGCAGAAAUGGACCAAGACACGUGGACAGAAGAAAGCAGUGAAAUGGAAUUCUUAAUCACAAAAAUAAAAAACCUUAGAAAUGAUGUUGUGCACGAAAAGCCUGCAAUGAGUGAGCAGGAAUACCUUGGUGAAGUUAGAAAAAUCAAGGAUCUCUUUUCCAAGGCUCUGGAAGCCACGAAGGAAAGAUACAUAAGGGACGACAGUGAGCUCUCAGUGAAGAAGGACGAGGUAAGCAGGGCUGUGGAAGAUGUCGUGAAAGAGCACAUUAGCAGAAAGGAAAUACUACAAAGAUCAGCGGAAAAGAUGUUGCCAGAUUUCAAAACAGAGACUAACGAAGAAAUCAGAGUGAGAUUAGACGCUGCCAAAUUCCUUAACCCACUGGACUUCCUGAGUUGUGCCGCAGACACCCAGGUGGAAGUGCAUGAUAUUUUUUCCAGAAUCAUCGUUAAGGAAGGAGAAAACGAGAAAGCAGUUGACCAUUUGAAGCUGAUGACUCUAACACAAGAAGGAAGGUCGCCUGCAUCCCCACACCUCAUGCGUAUCGAGGGAGACGCUGGCAGCGGUAAGACAACGCUCUUGACCUUCCUGCUCGCCGAGUGGCUCAAGGAACAGCCUCAUCGCCGCAUGGAAGGCCUCCAGCACUUUGAUCUUCUCCUGUGGGUCGUGUGCCGCCACGAGACCAGCUCCACCUUUGAAAAUUUUGUAGCCAAAGUCAUGCCUGAUGCCUCCUUCAAGUACAGAGACCUCCUGCUGCCCCUCCUGAAAAAGUGUAAAAUUUUGAUUGCUGUUGAUGGUCUAGAUGAAGAGACCGAGUCCUCCCGUCAGCUCAUUUCAGAUAUAAUGAGCCACGGGAAAGACUGCCCUACCUUCACAGUGGUCUGCACUUCGCGCCCUGAGGGUCUGAUGAGCAUGAUGGCGAAAACGCCGCAAAACUUUAAGAUUUCCCACACGAGAAUCGAGGGCAUAGCCAUUGAGGAGAGAGUAGAUUUUGUCUUGAGGCACACAGAUCAUCUGAGCAGGUGUUCAGGCAAGCCCGUAGACACUGACCGCCUCAGGCAGGUACUGCAAAAGAUUUACUGGCGGGAGCCCUUCCGUCUCCCAAUAAACCUUUUGUUCUUUUCGUACAUGUAUAUGGAGGAGCCACAGAUGUUCACGACCAGAGUAACUCAGACAAAAUUGUACCAGGGCAUCAUCAACUGGAGUGUAGAGAAGCUGCACCACAGAAUGGCUGGUCAUCUAAAAGCAAGAUUUCUUAAAGAUACAAUUUCAGACAUUUUGAGACUUAUCUAUGAAGUGUCACUUCAAGAACUCCUUCACGGCAACGUUCAUCUCAGCCAUGAGAAUCUGUCCCGUAUGAAAUCAAUCUGCGGAGACGAGUGCAACAAAGAAGUACUUUCUACCUUCUUCUGCCUGCGGAGAGAAGUGGUACGCUUCAAAGAAAUAGAAAAAUACUCUGCUCCCCAUAAAGGGAUGCAAGAGUAUUUAGCGGCCCGCAGCAUCAUUGGGCGCCUCGACAAGUACAAACAGGGAGAUAUCCGCCGCUUGCUGCAAGGCUACAUGCAAGGACAAUACCUGGAUCUACCACUUCUCAGAAAUCUUUUCUGCCAACUCCUUGGAAUUCUCAGCAGCCUGAAGAAGCCGAAGAAAAUGGCGAUAAAGGAAGCAGUGGACCUGAUACACGAAACUGGGGUGAAGGACACAGAUGACUGGUUAAUUGUGCUGGCAGACACUGAGGCCGGUGACGACGCCAUGAAGCGGAUAGCGCAUCACAUUUCUCCCCGAUUGAGGAGCUUUAAAAGAAUAUUCAGUUUCAUCUUUCCUGCGGAGAGACUUGCAGUGAGUGACGGAACAGUGCAGGUCGCCGCUGCCCUGCUGCCUCUCAUCCCUCGCAAGAAUAUCUACAUAAAUCUGGAAAUGGAUUCAGUAGGGGUGGGGGAUGUCUUGUUCCCUGCCCUCACUAACCACACCGUUAAGACGCUGCACAUAAAGCACCACUACAAACACCCUCACCCAUCCACCACCUCCGCUCACCUGCUGCAGCAAUGCCCCCGGUAAGCCUUUUCCUUUCCAUACACAUUCACACUGCAAUGGCCUGGAACAAGAUGUAACGCUGCUUGCCCAAAUCUUUCUCUUUAUACACCUACCUAUCUAUAUAUC